AUGGCUGACGAAGAUCAAAAUUUUCCAGAUUCACAAGAAUCCAUGGAAAUUAAAGAAAUAGGCGAUUCAUUAAGUAAUUUAGAGAUCGAAAAGAAAAUUAGAGAAAUUCAACAACUAAUACUGGAAAACAUCGAAAUUACAGAACCAAGUGCAAAAACAGCAGAACAAACUCAGAGCACAUUAACAGAAGAAAGCACAAAUGAUAACAAUCUGUCACAACAUAGUCAAGAUCACAAAGAAGAAGAUUUUAAUUAUACAGGAUGCCUAAUAGGAGUUACAGCAAAAACUUUGGAUGAAAUUGGAGACAUAUAUAAAAAGCAUGCAUUUGCUAUGGGAUUUGGAGUAAGACUAUCAAGCACAAGAUGGACUCAAGGAGAUAACAAACAAAUAAAAGGAAAAGAUUUUGUUUGUUCAAAAGAAGGGUUUAGAUGCAAACCUAAAGUACAGAAAUCUCCUCCUGCACCUAAUGAAAACAGAAAAAAAGUAAAACAAGUUCCUACAACUAGAACAGGUUGCAAAGCAUUAAUAAGAGCGAAAAAAAACAAGGAAGGCCUGUUUGAAAUUGAGGAACAUAUCAUGAAUCACAACCAUGAGUUAACAAGAAAAGCAUGGCAACAUCUACACAGAUCAGAAAGAAAGAUCACUGAAGAAAAAGCAAAAGUAAUUGACCUUAUGGCAGAGAGUGGGUUAAAGCCAACUGAAGCUAACAACUUGAUGACAAAUGAAGCUGGGGGUGUAGAAUUGCUUGGUCAUACCUUGAAAGAUCAUUUAAACUACAUAUCAAGAAGAAAAAUGAAAGAAAUUGAAGGUGGAGAUGCACAAACUGUUAUAGACAGUCUAUAUAAAAGACAGACAGAAGAAGAAGAUUUUUUCUUUAGAUUUAAACUUAGAGGAGAAAAAAACAGUAACAGGAUAACAGCCAUAUAUUGGAGAGACUCUGAAAUGAGAGAGGACUUUAAUGUCUAUGGUGAUGUGACUGUUUUUGACACAACUUACAAAACUAACAAAUACAACCUCAUUUGUGCACCUAUAGUGGGAGUAAAUAAUCAUUGGCAGAAUGUGAUGUUUGGAUGUGCAUUUAUAGCUGAUGAGAAGACAAAUACAUUUGAGUGGCUUUUAACAACUUUUAAAAAGUCUAUGGGAGGCAGUCAACCAGCUACAAUAUUCACAUAUCAAGACAUGGAAAUGUCUAAUGCAAUUGAAAAGGUAUUUCCUCACUCAAGGCAUAGGUUAUGUAUCUGGCAUCUAAUAAAAAAUGAUGUAUCAAGAUUUGGAGCAUUAAAAAGAAAUACAUCUUUCAAAGAUGCAUUCAAUAAAUGCCUAAGUGGUUGUGUAACAGCAGAAGAAUUUCAAAUUUGUUGGGAUAACAUGAUAACAACCUAUAAACUUGAAAAAAAUACCUGGUUCAAAAGGUUAUAUAACCUUAGAGAGAAGUGGUGCACAGCUUUGAGUAAAGACUUUUUCUCUGCUGGUAUUUUAUCUUCUCAAAGAAGUGAGAGUACUAAUAAUGCUGUUGGAUUUAAAGCAAACAAGAACACAAGUCUGUCAGAUUUUUUCAGAAUAUUCAAGCAAACUGUGAACAGAUGGAGAAAAAAUGAAUCUGAUGUAGAUUUUAAGUGUUCAAACUCUGAACCAACAUCACAUUUCCCCAUGUAUGGACUCUUGAAGCAUGCAUCAGAGAUAUACACACAGACAAUUUUCAGAGAUUUUGAAUCAGAGUUCAGUUUUUCAAUGGGUUGCAUAGCACAUCUACAUGGUCAAUUGGGAGAUCAUUACUUUUAUGAGGUGCAAAUUGAAGAUGACAUGUCUUCUAGGCAAAAGGUCACAUUUGUUAGCACACAAAAUAAAGUUGCAUGCUCAUGCAAAAAUUUUGAAGAAGUAGGAUGGCUUUGUUAUCAUUGUUUGCGCAUCUUACACCAGCAUUCAAUUACAAGAAUUCCUGAACAUUAUGUCUCAGCAAGGUGGACAAAGAUGACUAAAGCUCAUAUAUGGAAAAAAAAAGGAUGA